AUGGCGGAGGUUCUCUUGGGUAUCGCCGGCAAGGACUUCGUCAUUCUUGCAGCAUCCAAGGCCGCAAUGAGAGGCCCGACAGUUCUCAAGGCCGAAGAUGAUAAGACACGACAGCUGAACAAGAACACACUCAUGGCUUUCUCUGGAGAGUCCGGAGAUACUGUUCAAUUUGCCGAAUAUAUCCAAGCCAAUGCUGCGCUCUACAGCAUGCGUAACGACACCGAACUCAGCCCCUCCGCCGUUGCCAAUUUCGUUCGAGGAGAAUUGGCGCGCAGUCUGCGGUCACGGAGUCCUUACACCGUCAACCUGCUGCUCGGUGGCAUAGAUCCGGUCACUGAGGCGCCCCAUCUCUACUGGAUUGACUACCUUGCGUCAUUGGCACCCCUACCAUAUGCUGCCCACGGCUAUGCCCAAUACUACUGCCUAUCCAUCCUUGACAAACACCACAAUCCUAACAUCAAUCUUGAUGAGGGACUCAAGCUCCUCACUUUGUGCACAGAUGAGCUGAAGCGCAGACUACCUAUUGACUACAAGGGAGUCUUGGUGAAAGUGGUGACGAAGGAUGGUGUGAGGGAAAUAGAGGUUGAUAACGAUAAGGUGGUCAAGAGUGCUUAA